GAGGGAGGAGGAGGUGAGGACGAACCGAGCAGAUAAGAGAACUGGCUCAUUGGCUGGUUGCUGUCUGUAUAGCCCAUAUUUUAUCAGAAACUAGAGGUCUUGCCGUUUGUGUUACAGGUCGAAAAACAACGACACCGCACUCCAGGAGCUACCGAGAGGACGGUAGCAUGAUAGACGUGGAGGGGAAACGGCAGGAAGAGGGCCCGUAUCUGCAUUUUACUGCGCCUACACCGAAUACAUUGAGUCGGUAACCAACGUCCGACAUGGGGAAGGAGGUAAAUGGUGUUUCGCGGAGCCGGUUUGAGAUGUUCACAAACAGUGAUGAGGCGGUCAUCAAUAAGAAGCUGCCCAAGGAGCUGUUGCUACGAAUCUUCUCCUUUCUGGAUGUGGUGACACUCUGUCGCUGUGCCCAGGUCUCACGGUCCUGGAAUGUUCUGGCCCUGGACGGCAGCAACUGGCAACGAAUUGACCUCUUCGACUUCCAGAGGGACAUAGAGGGUCGGGUGGUUGAGAACAUCUCAAAGCGAUGUGGGGGUUUUCUUAGGAAGCUAAGCCUGCGGGGGUGCCUUGGUGUGGGCGACAGCGCCCUGAGGACUUUCUCACAGAACUGCAGGAACAUUGAGCUGCUUAGUCUGAACGGCUGCACCAAGAUCACUGACAGCACGUGUAAUAGCCUCAGUAAGUUCUGUCCAAAGCUGAAGCACCUGGACCUUGCUUCCUGUACCUCAAUCACCAACCUGUCACUUAAAGCUCUCAGUGAGGGCUGUCCCCUGCUGGAGCAGCUCAACAUCUCCUGGUGUGAUCAGGUCACCAAGGAUGGCAUCCAGGCCCUGGUGCGCUCCUGCCCUGGACUCAAGGGCCUUUUCCUCAAGGGCUGCACACAGUUAGAAGAUGAGGCUCUGAAGCACAUCGGGGCUAACUGUCCAGAGCUGGUCACACUCAACUUACAGACAUGUUCACAGAUCACAGAUGAGGGCCUCAUCACAAUUUGCAGAGGUUGUCACCGCCUGCAGUCUCUGUGUGUGUCAGGCUGUGCCAACAUCACAGACGCCAUCCUUCAUGCCCUGGGACAGAACUGCCCCCGCCUCAGAAUAUUAGAAGUGGCUCGCUGCUCUCAGCUUACGGAUGUGGGUUUCACUACAUUAGCAAGGAAUUGUCAUGAGCUUGAGAAAAUGGAUUUAGAAGAAUGUGUGCAGAUCACAGAUGGAACGCUCAUCCAGCUGUCUAUCCACUGCCCUCGUUUGCAAGUCCUGAGUCUGUCACACUGUGAGCUGAUCACUGACGAUGGCAUCAGACACCUCGGCAGCGGCCCCUGCGCUCACGACCGUCUGGAGGUGAUCGAGCUGGACAACUGCCCCCUGAUCACAGACGCCUCACUGGAGCACCUGAAGAGCUGCCAUAGUCUGGAUCGCAUUGAGCUCUAUGACUGCCAGCAGAUCACCCGCGCUGGUAUCAAGAGACUAAGGACCCAUCUGCCUAACAUCAAAGUGCAUGCAUACUUCGCUCCCGUCACUCCGCCCCCCUCCGUCGGGGGCAGCCGUCAGAGGUUUUGCCGCUGCUGCGUCCUGCUAUGAUGUAAAGACAACAACCCCCUUCCCUGUCCUCGUGUCCCUCGUACACGCUCCCCGCAGCCCGUCACUUGACCCCUGACCUGCUGUCCCCCCUCCCGGCCCCCUGUCACAGAGU